AUGGUUGGCAAAAAGAGUGGAAAGGCCCUCCUGCGGGAGGAAGGCCUGGAAAGAACAGACAACAAUAUGGAAUUGACAUCCUGGCCUCAGAUCAUGGCUAUCAACCAGAAGAAUUACUACACAGAUUAUCUCAAACGGGACGAGCAGAUUUUGGCCGUUCGGUCACAACAGGAGGAGGCUCGAAAUAGGAUGAUCAAACAAGCCAAAGACCGUGAUAGAGCACUGGCGCAAGGGCGAAGCAUCGGCCCAGACGGAGAUAUCGAGAUGGAAGAGGGCGAGGAAGAAGCGGAAGAUGAAGCUUCCAGCGGUGCUAGAACCAUCGUCAUCCACAUCGGCUCCCAGAAUUUGAGAGUGGGCCUGGCCAACGAUGCUCUCCCCAAGACAGUCCCGAUGGUUAUUGCACGUCGAGCACCAAUGUCGGAAAGUGAAGAAGGGGACGGAGAACCGGCGCCAAAGAGAGCGAAGCUGGAUAACGGAGAGUAUCCUCCUGAACCGGAAAAGCGUUUUGGUGAAGAUUUUGCGAAGAAAUUCGCUGGCAUGUCCCAAGAUCUCAAAGUGCGAAUGAGGAUGAACAAGAGGAAGGUGCUGCCACAAUCCAGGGAUAUGGUCACAAGCUACAACCGGAGACAUACCCCCGAAACCAUCACAGAACACAAUGACACGAUGCGCAUCGAAUGGACCGACACGACAGGUAAGGGAAAGGGCGCGCCGGAAUACAUUACCGGCAAAGCUGCUCUGCGUAUUCCCGACCUGUCGACUCCGCGAUACAAGUUGUUCUGGCCUAUUCGUAACGGGUGGAUCAACGAAGCAGAGUACAACUCCAAGCGCUUCUUGUACGAAGACAUUCGAAUUAUUGUCGAAGACGCCAUCAAAUCUCAACUGGAGCUCAAGAUUCGCACACGCGCCGACUGGGCCCAGUAUAGCUGUGUGAUUGUCAUUCCGGACUAUUAUGAGAGAACUUACGUUACGAGUCUCCUCGACAUGGCGAUAUCCGAAUUCGGCUUCGGAAGAGUAUGUUUCAUCCAGGAGAGUUUGGCGGCUUCAUUUGGCGCCGGCUUUACCACAUGUUGUAUCGUUGAUAUUGGUGCUCAAAAGACCUCGAUCUCAUGUGUCGAAGAUGGAAUGAUCAUAGACAACUCCCGUGUCAACCUGAAAUACGGCGGGAAGGACAUCACGGAAGCCUUCGUCAAGAUGACCAUUUACAACCAUUUCCCGUACUCAGACAUCAACCUAAAUCGUCGAUACGACUUCCAACUUGCCGAGGAGCUCAAGCAAAAAUACUGCACCAUGACCGAAGCUGAUGUGUCGGUACAACUGUAUGAUUUCCAUCUUCGAGCUCCGGGCCAGGACACUAGAAAAUACUCAUUCAAGAUCUACGACGAGGUUAUCCUUGCUCCAAUGGGCUUGUUCAAACCCCAAAUCUUCGACGACAACGGUAAACUCAAUGGUCGCCGUAAGCUUGUCGACAAAUCCUAUGACAUCUACGACGGCAAACCAAAUGACCCUAGCUCAUCCGCGCAGGCUGAGAUUCUGACUGCGAUUGCUCCCGAGGAAGUUCUGACUUCAACCACCAAAUCCCAUGCCAAAACCAAUGGCACCACCAACGGUACCACCAACGGUGUCACCAACGGAACGAAAGACGAGCCCUUCAACGAUUCCCGCCGACCUUCAUUCAGUAACAUCAAGGAAAUGGACGCUACGCCCCAGCCCUCGGCCGCAAGUUCUCCGGCCCGGAACCUAGACGGGACGCCGGCGCCAGACGACAAUGAUGGUGCUGCCCCGCGUGACGAGAAGCCGAAAGUCGAAGAGGAGGAGGAAGAGCCUGUCAGCAUCGAACGCCGGGACGACGUCCUUCCCAUCUACCCUCUCCCCAACGCGAUCGUCACAUCUAUCACGCAUGCAGCACGAGGGUCUGCACAGAAGACCAGCGACCUCCUCGGUGGUAUCAUGUUGACUGGUGGCACGAGCAUCAUUCCGGGCCUGGCGUCACAUCUCGAGGAGUCAUUGAAAGGUACACUUCCGGGCUACAGUAAGGACAUUCUGAUUGGCCGUCCACCAAGAGAAUUAGAUCCUCAGGUGGUGGUCUGGAAAGGAGGAGCGGUGUUCGGGCGUAUGAGUCGGACGAAUGAUAGCUGGGUCAACGCAGCUCUAUACGAGAGGUUGGGAGACAGAGUCCUCGCUCAUAAAUUGAUGUGGGCGUGGUGA